UGUCUGCAGAUAUUUGAAAUUUUUACCUGGCAUCUCUGGUUCUAAAGUUUACAGAUUACUGAAGAUUUCGACUGCAACAGAUACUCAACAACGCAUGAUGUAUAUGAAAUGAUGCGGUAUUCAGAAAUACCACGUGAGUUAUCUUCGGACAGUUUGCGUUUACGGGAUUAUUCAGAAGAUAAUAUAAACUAUCGAAAUGAACGAGAUGAAUCUCCUCAGAGUGACGUGUCUACACACAGUGGUCCGGGACUCCCGCUUAUCAAUGCACUGGAAAAUGGUCGAUCAACUAAAGAACAGAUAAAGUGUCAGUGCCACAAAAAGCAUUCCGUGGUUUCCGUUGGUCCAAUUGAUUCGAUAGUUGACCGUAGUAGAGCAACAACUUAUAGACGAUGUACAACACCUAUUAAAUCACAAAGUCUCCCGCCUAACACAACUAUUGCAAAUAUUGAUUCAAUUAUCAUUAGUUGCUUACGAGUAGCACCAGAGGAGCUGGCAAAUCAACUAACGCUUCUGGAUUUUCCUGUGUUUGCCGCUAUUCAACCAGACGAACUUAGUAGCUGCUCUUGGAAUAAGAAAAAUAAAGUUGAGCUCUCUCCAAAUGUAGUUGCUUUUACUAAGCGAUUUAAUCAUACUAUAUUUUGGACUGUACAAGAAAUACUCAACGGAAUAUCUCCCAAAGAACGAGCGGAAAUCAUUACACAUUUUAUUAAAGUGGCAAAGCAUUUACAUGAUUUGAACAAUCUUCAUUCGCUGUUUGCGAUUACCUCAGCCUUGAAAAGUGCUAGUGUUUAUAGGUUGGAUAAAAGUUGGUCUCACGUUUCCAAAAAAGAUAAACAACUACUGGAAAAAUUAGCUAUCAUUUUUCACGACGACAACAACUGGGCAUUAUUAAGAGAAUAUCUCGAAAGCCUAAAACUUCCAUGUAUUCCCUAUCUAGGCUUGUUUUUGACUGAUUUAGUUUACAUAGAUUUGGCCCAUCCACAUAAAGGUGGUUUAGAGCCUGAGCAACGCAAAAUCAAAAUGAAUAAUAUUUUGAGGGUGAUAUCAAAUUACCAAGGAUCAGACUACUCAUACAUUCAACCUGUGGCAAAGACGUUCAAUUAUCUAAAUUCCGUCCGAUACAUUGAGGAACUACAAAAUAUUUUCGAAGAUGAUCAAUACAAGAAAUCUUUAAAAUUAGAACCAUUACCUUCCUCAUUAUCAUCAUCGGUGGAAGUGAACAUUAAAAAUGGAAGCAAUAAACAAACAUCCUCCAGUGCUGUUGCUGACAAUGUGCAAACGAAUCCCUCUAGCCUUGCUUUUUUGAAUUUAUCUCCGGCUAAAUCGAAUUCAAUGCGUUUCACCAGCUCAACACUUAACUCAUCUUCAAACAAGUUUAUCGGGCAUAGGAAAUGUCGCAGUUUAGGUACGAAUAUCUUCAACAAAAUUUCAUGUACAGCUGUGCAUAGCAGUGCCACUACAAUUAAUCGAGCAGAAUCAUUUGUCAAAUUACGACACUUAUUAGAUGACUCUGUAUUAGAAAACAAAAUUACAACCGAUACAACUUCUACUGGUAGUUCAGAUGGUGUAAUAGGAUUCGAAACCGAUACGGAAAUUUCAACCGACAUAUUAGGAUUUCAAGGAUGCUUAAGGCGCAAAACUUUAAUGAAACAUAAACGCAAACCAACCGUAUCGUCCUGGCAGCGUUAUUGGGUACAAAUAUGGGCGAAUUCGUUGGUUUAUUUUUCUCCAAAAUCGUUCAAAGGGAACCAACGCACCGAUUACAAACGCGAGCCUUCAAAAAUAUGUACUUUGGAAGGUUGGCACGUUGAAGUCAAAGAUAUUACUCAGAGCGACACGUUUCAACUUGUUAAUCAGCAACAUGGUCACAUUUACAAAUUUCGAUCUGGUUCUGCAGAGCUUUCCUCUCUUUGGAUGAACGCUUUGAAUACUGUGAUUACACAGAUUACUCCCGAGUUUGCCAAUAAACUACCUGUGAAUCUAAUGUCUUUUGAAUAAUAGCUAGUGAUGUGAAUUUUAUUAGCUCAAAUGAGGACAAAAAAAAGGCUAUAAGAAUUGUAAUAUAGGCUCUCUACAACACGGUCAUAAAAAGGCUUAACAUUUUCAAA